AUGGCCACCCCCGACGACCUGGCAGUCACGCCGCCAGACGAGGUCAACCGCGUCGUCGGGCCGAUCCUCGCCGCCGUCGAGCGCCUGUGCCCGCCCUCAAACAACGGCGUCGACGCCGCGGCUGCGGUUGCAGGGGAGCGCCAGGUCGUGUUCAGCUCAUUCGACCCCGACGUCUGCCGCGAGCUCCGCGCCCGCCAGUCCCGCUGGCCUGUGCUCUUCCUGUCCACCGGCGGCACCGAGCCGCACGCGGACCUGCGCCGCACGAGCCUCGGCGCCGCGCUCGAGGUGGCCGCCGGCGGCGGGCUCGCGGGCGUGAUCGUGGACAGCGGCGCGCUGCAGGCGGAGCCGGGCUUUGUGUCGCGCGUCGCGGCGGCGGCGCCGGGCCUCAAGGUGCUCACUUACGGGCGGGAGAACGACGACCCAGAGUGGGUGGUGGAGCAGGGGAUGCUGGGCGUGCACGGCGUCAUCUGCGACGACGUGCCGUCGAUCCUGGCCGCGCUGCGCGCGGGCGCGGCCGCGGGGGCCGGCGCCGCGGCGGGCGGCGCGGGGCUGGGGGAGGUCCUCUACACGGAGCAGCAGCAUGCGUUUGCUGCGGCACGGGUGCCGGCGUGA